UAAAAGCUCACCCACUCAGACGCUCCCUUCUAUGUGAAUUUGAUUCCCUGCCAAGGUUUCAGUAAUAAAUAGUUUGCAAGUUCACAGAACACAGAGCUGCAGCUGUUCAGGAAACUUCAAAACAAGAUCAUAAGUUGCUGUGUCUACGACUUCCAAUACUAUGUUAAAUAACAGCAUACACGAGGGGCAUUUUUGCCUUGUUCCUGAUUUUAGAGAGGAGAAUUUUACUUCGUCAUGGAGAAUGAUGCUAGCAGCGGGCUUGUUCUAUAUGGCCUAUACUAUAUUGAGAAACUUGGAAAUAAAGACUAAACUACUAAAACGUUCAACCAAGAAAACUUCCCCAGAAAAGAAGAACAAUUUUUUAGCAAAAUAUAAUAUGAACUUAUUUGACUCAGAGACUAUAAAAAUCCAGAUCCCGGACAAGAACAGUGCAGUCUUCUGCCCCCACGCUGGGUGUUCCUCGCCAGGACCCCUUGGAGGGGAGUGGGUUGAGCUUUCCUCCCCACCCCGACCGGGGCUCCGGCAGCCGAAGACCUCCAGGACCAGCCACCACCAUGCUGAGACCACUCUCCGCACACAUGAAGACUCCAAACCGAUUACCCAAGAAAUUAUCCAAAGACAACUACGCUUUCCAACUAUUCUAAAGUCUAGACAAUGUGACCAGACACCCUUUCAGAAGAAACUAAAAACCUGUGUGGCAAGGAAGAGCUCCACCGAUGUGACCGUGAGAUCUGGUAGAACAGUUACCUCAAGCCCAAUUAGCAAAGUCACAGAGGCACCUGCUUUCUUAAGAACCUACGACAACCAACUUGUUUAUUUUACUUAUGACAAUAAAGAUUCUGAGAUCUAUAUUCAACACACUACCACGGAGCAAGAGAAAGAAAAUGUGUUAUUCACUUUUUAUCGUUUUCAAGCCUCAUCUGAACCAGUACAAGGUGAUGUUGUUGAUGGUCAAAGGUCCAUAGUAAGCCUGAGCCCUGAAAAAAACAGAAGAUUACUCCUGCAUGCUGAUGCCAAUGAUGAGGAGCAGUCUGUCAAGCUCCAAGAAAUUGAAGAAUCAUUGCCAGGCCAGGAGGCUCUCUUUCAUCUCCAUAUGAUCUCGUCGUACCAACAUGUUAAGUUUGAAUGCACGGACAAUCCUGGAGUGUACAUAGGAGUAAAGGACAACCAUCUUACUCUAAUUAAAAAAGAAGACGAAACUGGGGAAAGGAAUACUAUAUUUACGAUCUCUCAGAUUAAGCUUAAUACAAAUGGCAGCUUAUAGGUGGAGCAGCCCAAAGAAAAAAGAAUGAGAGACAAGCUAAGAAAGGGAAACAGAGUGAUUCUCUAGCAGGACGACAGUUUUUAUUAUGUAUAAAUUAUUUUCCUUAGUUUUGUUUGUUUUCGAACCACACCUGGCAGUGCCUGAUGGUUACUCCCCGCAUAUUACUCAGAGGUCAGUCUAGGUAGUGCUCAGGACACCAUGUGGUGCUCAGGAUCAAGUCAUCAACUCCCACACGCAAAACUUGUGCUCAGGACCUUUGAGCCAUCUCUCCAGCCCUGGUUACGGUUACAUUUAUUAUUUCUCUCUGAAUUACUGUAUCUUGAAUUUAUCAGUAUAUUUAAAAGGAUAUUGAUUAAAAGAAAAGGCUUGCCAACAUCCUGAAGAGAUUCAGGCUAGCCUUUACUUUUUUCUACUUUCAGUUCAGGCUGAAGAUUGAGGACUUUAUAGUUAAGACUGAGACUUCUACACAGAAGCAAGUGCCCAGCCCAUGUAUCACUUCAACUAAAAAUCCAUUUAAAGAACUACACAGGAAACAGUUUUCCCUGGUUCCAAACAACAGACACCAAUACUAAUGUGGAUGAUAAAAAGACAACUAGGGCUGGAGCAGAAAUUCAGUGGGUAGGGUGCUUUCUCUGAUGUGCUCAAACCAGGCUUGAUCCUAGGCAUUGCAUAUGGUCCACAGAGGCCCACCAGCAACAAACAAAAAAGAUAAAAAGACAAACAGAUGUUCACAAUUGGAAUAAAAUGACAAGUUUGUUCAUAGAUACUUUACCCUAUACUCGUAUUAGCUCUUUUAGUCAGUGGUUAUUAUAUAACAAAAUAUAGAUAUCCAAAAUGGCAAGAAAAUUUUCAUAAUUAAGCAUAACAAAUCAGGACUGAAGAGAUAGUACAGGGGUUUAGGCACUUGCUUGGCACAUGGCAGACUCUGGUUCAAUUCUCAGAACCACAUAUGCACCAUAACCAGGAGUAAGCCCUGAGCACAGAGCCAGGAGUAAACCCCAAGCACUGCCCAGUGUGGCCUAAAAACAACCUCCCCCCCAACUAAGAAAAGAAAAGAAAGAAAAGAAAAAAGAAAACCAGAAUUUGUAAAAACUUAUAAUUUUAUUUUAUUUGUUUCAUUUCUUAAAUUCUAAUUUUUUUUCUAGUGAUGCCCAGUGGUUCCUCCUGGAUCUGUAAUCAGGAAUUAUUCCUGGCAUUUCUUGGGGAUCAUAUGGGAUGCCAGGGGUUGAACCCAGGAUGGCUGUAUGCAAUGCGAAUGUACUAAUGCUCCUGCCCCUAAAUUCUGAUUUUCACAUCGUUUUUUUUUCACUCAGAACAUAUUUUCAUUGAUAUAAGAGAUAAGUAAUAUUGCAUUACUUUAAGGUAUACAGAUAUUAUGAUGCCAUAUGUUAAAUAUUGCUUCUGAAGUUUACCUAACUCAUCCUUCACCUCAGAUAACUGCUGUUUUUUGGUCACUGUUUUGUUGAAAACAUUUGAUAUCUUCUCUUUUAGAAACUCAGCUAUGCACUACAGUAUUGUUAGUUGUAGUCACCAGCUUAAUGCUGUCAACUGUAGUUUCUAUGCUGUACAUACUGUAGAGAUCAUACUGUAUGAGAUGCAUUUCACUUGGUUUAAUGCCCAAAGUGUCAUCCAUGUUCUUAUAAAAGAAUUCUUUUCUCCUUAUGGAUGACUGAUAUUCCAUUAUGUAUGUAUCAUAUUUUUAUGUCUUACAUUCUUACAUUAGAAAAUGAAAUAAAUUUUGUUCGAACAUUCCAUUGAAAUCACUGACAUAAGCUACCAAAUUAGAAUAGUUUUAUUUAUUUUAUUUUUCAAUUUGGAUAACAUGAGUUGACAUAACUGUAUAUGUUUUAGAAUUUCCCUCUGCCACAGUCCACUAGAUCCCUCCCCCACUCUGAUAACUACAGCUGUGUGUUCUGAGCCCAUGUGUUUCCUAAACUUAUUUUGCCUAUAAACAACUUUUUUUGU